AAAACACCGGGCCAUUAAUAGCGUGCGGAGUGAUUUACGCGUUAUUGUUCUGCCGGGCGGACACGUGACGCGCGUGGCCAAUGGGGGCGCAGGCGCCGGCAACUUAUUAGGUGACUGUACUUCACCCCCCCCCUUGGUGCCACCAAGUUGUUACAUGAAAUCUGCAGUUUCAUAAUUUCGGCGGGUCGGGUUGGGCCGGCCAGGCGCGGGCUACUGCGAUGGCCACCACCGGGGCCCUGGGCAACUACUACGUGGACUCCUUCCUGCUGGGCGCCGACGCUGCUGACGAGCUGGGCGCUGGACGCUAUGCGCCAGGGACCCUGGGCCAACCCCCAAGGCAGGCGGCAGCGCUGGCCGAACACCCCGACUUUAGCCCUUGCAGCUUCCAGUCCAAGACGGCCGUGUUCGGUGCCUCGUGGAACCCGGUGCACGCGGCGGGCGCCAGUGCGGUGCCUGCGGCAGUGUACCACCACCACCACCCCUACGUGCACCCCCAGGCGCCCGUGGCCGCGGCAGCGCCGGACGGCAGGUACAUGCGCUCCUGGCUGGAGCCCACGCCCGGUGCGCUCUCCUUCGCGGGCUUGCCCUCCAGCCGGCCUUAUGGCAUUAAACCUGAACCGCUGUCGGCCAGAAGGGGUGACUGUCCCACGCUUGACACUCACACUUUGUCCCUGACUGACUAUGCUUGUGGUUCUCCUCCAGUUGAUAGAGAAAAACAACCCAGCGAAGGCGCCUUCUCCGAAAACAAUCCCGAGAAUGAGAGCGGCGGAGACAAGCCCCCCAUCGAUCCCAAUAACCCGGCUGCCAACUGGCUUCAUGCUCGCUCCACACGGAAGAAACGCUGCCCCUAUACAAAACAUCAGACGCUGGAACUGGAGAAAGAGUUUCUGUUUAACAUGUACCUCACACGGGACCGCAGGUACGAGGUGGCUCGGCUGCUCAACCUCACCGAGAGGCAGGUCAAGAUCUGGUUCCAGAACCGCAGGAUGAAAAUGAAGAAAAUCAACAAGGACCGAGCAAAAGACGAAUGAGCCUGUCAGGGCUCAUUUAGAAAAGAGCAAGCUAGAAAGAAAAG